AUGAGGAAGGGUCUUCUCAAGCAAGGCUUUAAGAAGAGAGAAAUCAUUGAGUACUUCAAGAACCGAGCAGCUGAAGAGGAAGCUGUCGAAGCACGAAUAGACUUCUCUGAUCCAGUACCUACCACGCUCGAGCUUUGCAAUAGACCACCUGUUGCCUCAAAGCAAGAAGACUCGUGCUCACCCACCACCGAGCAUGCCUCAUCGAGUAGUUCAAACGUAUCUCCUCCAGAAGUAUUGUUGCCAAUGAGGGACAAGGCCACAGGAGCACCAGGCACAAUGAGCCAGAAACAGCACAUUGUCAACCGCCAACAUGCCCCAAGACAGAGUUCCCUGCUUCGCUUUGUUCGAGAGGUUUCUUCCGAAGAGUCUGUGAAAGACAAUACGAAACCCAGAACUCUCUUCUCUCCCCAAUUGAACAUCACCUAUCGUCCUCGCAGCCAAACCUAUUCCUACGACCAGUCAGAGAUGGACGAUGACGAUGUUGAUCGAGAGGAUAACAUGGACGAUAGCGAACUCGAGCAUCUGCAUCUAGACCACGAACUUGUCCCUACGAGCGCAGAAUCUAACAGGACGACUGUAAGGAUUGUGUCGAACUUGAGACCUGAGGCGGAGACGUUUACACCCCUUCAUGUCCAACAAGAGCGUGAAAACCACACCUGUAAAGGCAAAGCAAAAGUGGAUGAUGAUACUGCAAUUAGCAUUUCAGAUGACAUCUCACUGCCAAGUUCACCACCACUUUUGCCCUUAAACAAAUCCGCAAGUGUCCGCUCUCCCUCUCUGCCACGUAUACCACGCACACCGUCAGGGACUACUCGUCGGGAUGUACAUCAGCGGUAUCUUGAUGGUUCCUUUACAGUUUACGAUGAUUCUGUCCCUGCCCGCUACCAACCACAAACUCCAGCUGAUUUGAGCAGAGGUCAGCUGCUGACUGAUUUCCAUGCCGCCUACACUGCUCCACCUGGCAUGAUCCGCUCUCCCGCUUUUUUCCAGGGUCAGUACCUUCAUGGUCCCAGACAACCAUCAGGUGACCAGAGUCCAGCAGCAAGAGCACAAUCCAUUCGAGAACGACGACAACGUGAGUUUAGUCGUGGUGCACGUGUUGAGCGACUCAGAGUCACUCGUAUGUCUAAUGGAAUGCCACUGCCGGGUAUUGACCAGACCAAUAACUUCGACAAUAUCUGGCGGGACGAUCUGGAUGCCGACGGUGUAGGAGAGGAGAACUUUGAGGACUUGACGCUUGCUCAGGCCUUUCGAAGGUUGAGAGUUCUUAGUGGCAAUCGUGUGGCAUUAUAA